GGGAGGUGGUUGAGGAAGUGUUACAGCGUCAACAUUAAAUACAUAAUAUGUCACAUACAUUACUCCAGGUCGACCAACUGGUUUGCCGAAUUUUCAAUUGUUGCAUUUUAUUUCGUCAGUAUGUAAUUCGAACCGUGUUUAUUGGACGUAUACCCGUAAAUCAACAAGUAAACGGUAAAUUGACAAUUUCUGUGCGGGGUUUGGCGUGACAUUUUCUCGAAAGAAAAAAAUAACGGUAUGUAUUAUCGGUAACGGCGGUCCACCAUGGUGCUGGCUGGUGAAGCUUAUUAGGACCGAUAGAAACAAAUAAACCACUACCAGUGUGUGAUGUUACUCUGGCGAGCGUGAUCCCCACUUCUCUCCUUGAGGGUGUGAAGACGCUAACCCCUGCAGUGCCAUGGCUGAGGUGUUGGGACAGAGGAGCUUGUUGGGCUUUGGUGUGGUGUUGGCGUGGCUAGUGCUGUUUCACCUGCUGGUCAACAUCUGGCUGUUGUGCAUGUUCACCAGCUUGCUGGUGGUGCUCGGUGGCUGGCUCGGCUCGCAGGCUGUCCUGGAGUCCAACAGUGUGAUUCACCUGGAGAGAUUUAUCACCCUGGAGCAGGUCCCACCAUCUGUAGAGGAUGAGCAUCACUUGGAUCAGGAGAUUCACAACACAGUGAGGAAAAUCAUCAGGGACUUUGUCACCUCGUGGUACUCCACUGUGUCAUCUGAGAGUGGUUUUGAAACAGAGGUUCAGGAGGCCAUGAUCUCUAUGGCGAUGGAGCUGAAAUUGCGCGCAAGACAUGUUGACAGAAAGGAGCUGACCCAGAGGAUCCUAGACCUGUUCGGCUGCCACCUGCAGGACUACAUCAGAGCCAAAGAGCUGGUGACGCAGCAGCACACGUCUCUGACAGCUAAUCAGAGCGCUGAGAGCCAGCAGUUAUGGAAAGCAUAUUCCAGUGUUACCAAACCUCACCUUGCCAUGACCAGUGACAUGGUGGAAGUCAACUACGUCAGAGCAGUUGUGGAUUUGUUGCUGCAUGUGUUGGUGCCGUCGCCUCACUUGGAAACCCGCACCGGUCGAUUUGUUGUCGGAGAGCUCAUAACCUGCAACGUCCUGCUUCCUCUCAUUGAUAAACUGUCUGACCCUGACUGGUUAAACCUCCUCAUGAUAGCAAUAUUCAGCAACUCCAGCAAACUGCAGGAGACAAUAGCAGCAGAGACAACGGCUUUAUCCCCACUGCUACCAGCACCACCUGCUGAAACAGAUCUCGCUCCGCUACAACAGACAACACAAGCAGCUCAGAAAAACAGUGAAGCUCCUCCACAAAGAACAGAGACUGAAAUGAUCAAUCACACAGAAACAGCCAUGCCUGAGCUCACUGCCUUUGAUGUGGUUGACUCAGACGAGGUGGACUUUCCACACAAUAACACUGAAGAAGAUGAAACUACUCAACCCUUUUUAAGGCGUUUCAUGAGAGGAAGCAAGUCAAAUCCUUUCUACCAGGAAAAUGACUCUGACCUGGAUUCUCCGCUGGCUGAUUAUAAACGGAGUUCCAUUGAUUCCUUGGUCAUGGUCGGGCAAGAGGAGGGGCUGUAUGACAGACAGAAAGAAUGCAGCACUUUUGUUGAGAACAACAGUGCUGUGGAUUUGGAGGAUGUUUGCCCCAGUCCAGUGGAUGGCUCUUUCCCUAAAGUCCUGGUGAGUUCAGAAUCAGCGGAGCAUCCAAAUGGCAGUGGUCCCUCAUCAGUUAGAACAGCAGAGGGUACUCCCACUAUGAGCAGCCUCCAGGAGCUGGAGAGGGAAGGCAGUUCCCCUGCAGUAAAUCCAAACCGAGAGCUACUUCUGGGUGUAGAACAGACUGGGAUGGGGAACCCUAAUGAGCUCACCAUCGUCAGUCCACUGCAGGGCUCUUCCCCAAUGGGGACGUUCAGUUUUGAGCCCCUCAGCAGCCCUGAAGGUCCAGUUAUCAUUCAGAACCUCCGCAUCACUGGCACCAUCACAGCUAAGGAGCAUCGCGGCACUGGCUCACACCCCUACACACUGUACACCAUCAAAUAUGAGACAGCAAUGGGUUGUGAAAACCCAGGAAGCCUCCAACCAGGCUGUGAGGAUGCUGAAGCUCUACAGACAGGUUGUGAGAAUCCCUCAUCUAUUCAGCCUGUAGCCUAUCACAUGGUCAACAGACGAUACAGCGAGUUCCUCAACCUGCAAACACGGCUAGAGGAAAAAACGGAACUACGGAAACUUAUCAAAGGUGUGAAAGGUCCAAAGAAAGUAUUCCCAGACAUGCCUUUUGGAAACAUGGACAGUGACAAGAUUGAGGCGAGGAAAGGACUCCUUGAGACCUUUCUGAAACAACUGUGUGCCAUCCCUGAAGUAGCCAACAGUGAAGAGAUGCAGGAGUUUCUCGCUCUCAAUACAGAUGCCAGGAUCGCUUUUGUCAAGAAGCCUUUCAUUGUGUCGCGCAUAGACAAGAUUGUGGUAAAUGCCAUUGUGGACACCCUGAAGACUGCGUUUCCUCGUUCAGAACCUCAGAGCCCUACAGACGAUAAUGAAGCAGAGGUGGAUGGAGGAAAAUUAGCUGCAGACAAGAAGAGCAAGUCUCGUCUGAAGUUUUCCAGUAAAAACAUCCCCUUCAUGAACGGAUCAGACAUAAGACCACAGGUUUUGUUCAGCUGUGACCAAACUAGCACAGUGUUUAAGAGGAUGUCUUUAAGAGGUUUGCAAGAGUUUAUCACUGAGCAGGAGAUAGUGUCCAUCAGAGCCGAGGUGGAGAAAGAGGGCAGUCCAGCAUUAGGAGGAUCACCCAGCCUCACCCUAGGCUGUCUGGAUGACGGCAUGAGAGGAAAGCAGAGUCAGGAACAGGCAUCUGAGACAGCCCUGGCUGAAGUGGCUCUGAAUAUUCUGUGUGUGCUGAUGAAGGAGCAGUGGAGCUGGCUGUGCACUGAAAACAUUCAGAAGACCAUAAGGCUGCUGUUUGGGACCCUCAUUAACAGAUGGCUUGAUGUGAGUGUAGCCAACCUGACAUGUGCCAGGUACUGGGUGGUGUACCUGCAGGUCAUCCAGGAGGCUGUGUGGCCAUGUGGAGCUCUGCCUACUGGCCCUCGACUUGAACGCAGUCAACUGCAGAAACACAACACCAAGCAAGAAGCCUUGGAUUGUCUGAUGAGACUUCUUCCAGACACCUGGUCUACUGUCUGUUCGACCUGCUGCUGGAGUUCCUGGUUCCUGAAACACCUGAGGAGGACUUCCAGAGAAGCCUGCUGCAGACCCUCUCUAAGAACCCAGAGAAGCUGCUGGCAUGAGGAGACAGCAGGCGGGGAGCACCUUCACAGCCACCUUUACUUUGCCAUCAUCCUAACUGAUCUUUCUCCACUGAUGAUUAGCUGGAAAGCAGCGUGAAGCGAAGGCUGCUGCUGUCCUACUACAGUAAUGUUCUGCAGUUAGAAUUGAAGUGAAUGUUUCUGGUCAGGCUGAGUGUUGUGUGUCCCCACUUUAAACUCCUGAGCUCACUCAGGCUCUGUCUCUUAUUAUGUGUUGUUUUAGUGACGUAUGAAGCUCUUGAACAUGGUGUCCUGUACACACACUCACUCUGAAACACACACUACAGCUUUGAUUACAUGAAAGCACCUGGUUUGUGUUUGAUCUCACAGCGUUUCUGACGUGCAGUUCAGAUCUAAACAUGAAGCAAAGCCUCCUCCGAUCUCCCUAUCCAGCCUCUUCCUGCCCGUUAAACUCCCCAGCUUUGGCUAAACUCACUUCAGAUGGGUCCCACACUCUGCCCUCAUCUCUUUCUACAGUCUUUGAGGAGAAAAACUCACACCUGUUGCUCUAAUCUAGAGAAGUAGGAUUUGCUUUUUCCCUUCAACUUGAAUCUCACAACACUCUGCUUGGACUUAGCAUGACUAUUUCUACUCUCUGUUGACCCAUUCUUCAGUUUCCCACCGGCCCUGUAUUGAGCCACAUAUGUGAUUCUAACGUAAUGUGAGAUGUUCUUCCUAAACCUGAGCCUUCCUCUGGGAUCACAUGUAUCUGGUAGUGAUUUAACCUGGAAGUGUCCAGGUGCAGAAACAGUACACACUGUAGUGACGGGUGGUGAAGAGCUGGCCAGAAGAUAUUUUACAGGUUUUGCACGUCAUACGUCACCGUUCUUUUAACAGGCCCCUUGGAGAAUAAACUGCACAGUUAAUGUCUAAAUAAUAGAAGAAUGGGGCGCCACAAAAAUGGGUACAUGGAGGGUGUGGGGAGUGGUGUUGGCAUAGAUCCAUUCAAAAACUGUAAAGUAGUGAGCUGCUGGAGUCUGUAAAUACUUAAGAUCAGUUAUAGAGCUUGAUAAUUGGCUAAUUAACUGACGGUAUUUAGGCUUGGUAAAUUACAUCGAAGCAUGUACUAUUUCCUCUCUCCCUUUUAAAGCUGUCUGUCCAUGCUGAUGAAGUUUUGAGCUCCCAGUGCCUUCACCACGACACACAGGAUGCUCCCAACACAAUGGCGACCAAUCUUUUUUUUUUUUUAAAAUAUCUUCAUUUUGUGACCUUUUCAGCAGAAAUGUCACUCAGUAUGAACCACACAAGCUGUAGGUUGCUGUUUAUGUGUAUUUCAGCAGCAGAACACGUGACAGCUGAUGAGAUUUGCAGAGUUGUCUACAGCUGGUGGUUACUGACCAGUCACCAGUAAGCGCUCUUGUGUCUUUAUGGAAAUGUCUCUGCAAGUAGGUAAAGUGGUCUUUGUGUCUGGUUUGUCCAGUCUUUAUGUAUUUGAGCUUGCUUUCAGGUUUGUCCCAGUCGUAACGUUAGCCUGGUGUCUGAUAGGUAGCACCACUCUCACCUUUUUCAAGGGUUAAUUUGAACUUUUUUGAACUUUUAAAGACACGGUUUUCUUUCUGUGACCACAAAGCAAAUCUAAGCUGCCAUCCAUCAGUCGUUGUCACAUGCUGAGCUGCAUCAGACACAUUCUAAUGCCUUUUUUCUGCUUAUUAAUUUAGUUACUAGUUAUUGGCCUCACUCAAGCAUGUGUAGUUUAUAACCUAUAAAUGUUUAUUUGUGUCUGCUGACUGCUUAUCUUACACUGUAUAGCACACCCCCACACAUAUUUGUUUAUCUGGAAAACGUGCAAUAUCUUCAUACAUAUUCAGUCAGAGAACGGUGGUAAAAAUUCCUUUAAAAUAAUCCACAAAACUCUUCAUGUCGCUCACAUUAGCCGGGUUUACGUUCAAGUGUGACAGAAAAUUCAACUGAAUCUUUAGAAAAUCAGCAAAACAAGCGUUAAAUGAAAGACCGCCUCUGGUAAAAACAAAUCCUUUACUAUGUUACGUUAUGUAUAUAAAGACGUAGCAGCGUGCCAUGAUAAAAUAAGCAGUCUGAGCUUGAGACUGCAGGAUAUGAUGACAGUUUCUAUCACACAGAUUCAGACUUCCAGGGUUUCACACACAACAAAGCCAACCCCUGACUGUGUUGAGCCGAUGUAUAGUCCUCUAUCCCACACAUCCACCUUGACUGGAUGAAGACCAUGGAGUCACCGAGUCCAGUAUUUGUCACUUUAAUCUUAUUGUUGAAGGUUUUCGCAUUUUGAAACACUGCGUUAUGAUCUUAUUGCCUUUACGAAAGGAAUGCAACAAUCAGCGCGUCUUCCCUACUUUGAUCAGAAGCUGUUGCAGUUCCUGAGAGUAUCCUAACACUGUUACAACGUUAUUCUGUGUAUCUCUUUAUUUAUAACCUUAAUUUCUAAACCCAGACUGCAACAUACUGUUUAGUUAAGCCUCAGUUGAAGCAGCUAAUCAGAUAAAUGUCCUUCAGCUGAAUCUGCAUAUUCAUUUGAGCCAUGUGGAGUUCUAAGAAAAGUUACAAAUGAAGUCAGAUUUUAAUGUUACUGUCAUUCCAGUGGUUUGCACUCAUUCUUAAAGUCCUGUCUUUCCUCUCCAUUGUACUCAUUUGUUAUUCACUGUAUUUAUUAGCCUAUUUAUUUGCUAGAAAUGCUAAAUGACUUCCAUCCAUAAAGCAAUUAGAGAUGUGCUGGUGCUGAGAGAGAGGACCGUCCUCUCCUAUGAAGUGCUCUGUCCUUGGUUCUGCCUUACAAUGUGACUUGAUGAAGUUUGCCCGUUCUACAGUGAAGUCGCUCACCACGCCUUAGUAGAACUCAAGCACCCAGUUCCAGAAACUUUAACAUGUUUUUUUUCACUUUGUUGAUUUCUGCUGAAUGUUGAAGCUGUUACUACAUGUGAAAACAUUUUGUUUCUUGCUUAUGUUGAAUUUCAACAAAACGGCGCUGCCCGAUAAUAACCUGAUCGCCAUCUGCUGCAUAAUGCUGCCACUAUGACGCAAAGAACCGACGCUUCACUUUCUGAUGGGACCAGAAAAGGAAGAGAUUUCAGGCUGCUGAUGAUGUGUAAUACAAGAGUAAUAACAUCCAUGCAGUAUAAGCCCAGCUUUCAAAGCUAACCGUGCUAGAAUGCUAUAGCUGGGUAGAAGUAUAAAAUACUGUAAUAUAAUUAGUUUCACGUUUCCCUAAAACAUGAAAGUAACUGUUUAGAAAACCUUCAAUAUUGUUCAUUUCCGUGUUGAUUAAUAAUUCCAGCGAAACUUUGCACUUUCCGUUGAAUAAUUAGAAAAGUUCUUCUCAUGUUAAGCAAGUAAACAACUUUAAACCACAGUUCAAUCAUUUUCCUUAUCUAGACACAUGGACUAAAACACAGAAAACCAAUUACAUUGUUACUAAUCCAAAGUGAUUUGAGGACUUUUUUCUGAGCAUAGAUAGGAAUACUACAAAAACAGUUCACACCCAUUAUCAACAGGAGUUUUAUGAACAUAAUACCAAAGUGUCUUGCUACAGUGAGAAACAUUUUAUUGAACCUCGGUAACUGUGUGUAAUAAUGACAAAGAUUUGAUUUGACAGGAUGAUGGUAGAGCAUGAAAGGCUUCACGCAAAAGGACCAGAGUUACAAAGUGUCAUAAUAACAUGAAAACUUGGUGCAACAUUAAAAAGAUUUUGGAAAAACAGAAAAAUGUAAUCAAGUGAUGCACUGCUUUAUGUGUCUAAUCAGUGGUAGAUGUUAGAUGUGACGUUCAUGUUUUUGUAUUGGGAGCUUAACAUAUUUAUGCCAAAUGAUCCGUAGAACAGCCACAUUUUUGUGACGGCGUAGACUGAAGCUUUAUGGUGUCUCCUAUCAUUAAAACAUUAUGGGGCAGAGCUCAGGUCCACUGCUGGCUGUAACCCUGUUCUGCUGUCCACCCUCUGUCUUUUGUUUUCCUCUACACUGUGACUAGUGAACACGUGGUUGCGUUGUGCAUGUAAAAAACUGUCUUUUAGGCAUUCACUGCUUUUGCAAAAACAAUAAAGUUACCAAACAUAAGUUAUUAAAUCUUCAA